AAAUCCCGCAGCUGUUUAUAAGAAAAAGAGAGAAAACUGCAACCUCUCUCCUCCUCCGCAAUCUCCAUUCUCCCAUCCCCAAUCCCGACGCCGUCGUCCUCCUCCAGCCGAGCCCCAGGAUCGCCGGAAUCGACCCCCGUAUAGAUCGCCGUCCCUGCCCGCGAAGGCCCCUCCCGCCUCCCGCCCUAGAUCUUCGAGUUCGAGGUUGACAUUCAGGCAAAAAAAAUUGCAACGUGCUCAAUGGCGUAGUACUUCUGUUUCCCUUCGGGCCAUUUGUCAUCUGCAGCGGCCCCUUGCGCUUUUCAGCGGCGGACAGCUUGCACUGUCAGAUUUACUAGUACAAGAUGCCCAUGUCUGGCAAUCAGACGCAGUCGAGCGACUAUGAGCUACCUGAUGCUCAAUGCCUGGUUUGCACAAGACCUUUUACUUUGGAUACUGAGGUGACCAAUAGCUUUGAGGCCUUGGCCAUAUGCAGGGAGUGCAAGGCGACUGUGAGUAAUGACAACGGAAGAGAUGUAACAACCAGCAGUAAUCAGCAGAGACGGCAAAGAAGACGGAGGUCGAGGAAUCCGAGUCUUGAUUCUAGCGAGGACGCGUUCUCGCAGCAGUUCUCCCAAGUCAUCAACUUAGCCAGACAAGGCAAUGAAGCAGAUAUUGAUUCUCCAACAGUUGUGCGGCAGCUGGCAUCUUAUAACUCUACACCAAACCAGUCCCAAAGGUGGCAUCCUUCAGAUGAUGAGAGUGAUGGCCUCAAUUACGCUGAUUCUGUGUUUGACGAGCUUGAAUCAAACAUCAGCUUUGGUGGGGAGUCAGAUAUUUCUCUAGAUCAACAUAGCAUGAUGGGAAGAGAGAUUGCUGUUCAACUUGACAACGAGAGCUACAUGAACACAGAUACAGAUAUUGAUCCCAUGAAUGCUGGAAUGGAUCAGUGGGAUUCAGAUGACCAAGAAGAUGAAGAUGUGCAAUUGGAAGAAUCUGAUUUUGAUGAAGCAGUCAACACAGUGCAGCAGCAUCAGCAGCAAUCGCGUGGCAUUGGCCCAAGCGAAUUGACCGGGUGGGAAUCUGAAGAUGGGGCAUGGACUUGGAGAAUGAAUGUUAAUCGAAGAGCAAAUAUGAUCAACUUGAUGGCAGAAAUGGAAGGGCCAGAUAUAACGACACCUUUUGUGGGGAAUCCUGGUGAUUACGCUGAUGCAAGACAGUUUGAGAUGAUUCUUCAACAAUUUGCUGAGGACAACAAUUCCAGAAGAGGAGCUCCACCUGCAGCGACAUCCUUUGUUGGAAAUCUUCCAUCUCUGAUUAUCUCCACAAGGCACACGGCAGAUGGUGGUGUCAUCUGUCCAGUCUGCAAAGACUUGAUGCCCAUCGAAACUAGAGCAAAACAGCUACCAUGCAUGCAUCUGUAUCAUUCGUCGUGCAUCUUGCCGUGGCUUAGUUCUAGGAAUACAUGUCCAGUUUGCCGAUAUGAACUUCCUACAGAUGAUCCAGAAUUUGAGAGGUCUAAGCGAGCUACAAUCAAUGAAAGAGAUGUCCAUGGGGUGGAGGAACGCACUCAUGUACAGGACAUUGUUGAAGAAAUUUUUGAUGAACCAGAGGCUGAAGAAACUCACUAUACAGUUGGUGGUGCAGUGGAAGUGACUAAUACAAGUGAACAUGGUAUUCAUGUUGCAGAGCAGUCAAACAGAGCACGCAACCGCAGUAGAUGGCUGUUCAUGGCAGCUGCUCCAGUAGUAAGCUUUGUUGGUUUAGCUAUAGUUUUGUGCUUUGCAAACCCUAGUAGUAGUGGUAGAAGGCGACUGUGCCGUGGAUCUCAGAGUUCCUCUGCAGGACAUGUAGAUACCAAAAGAAGUUGGUGGUCCAUGUUCUAGAUAUCCAGUACAUGUAUGCCUAUACCAAAUAUACUGUGUGAUGGCACACGUGUGUUGGCAGUGCCCCAUAACAAGUUUGAUUUGAAAUUUCGGUCAAUGUGAUCAGUGAUGCGAUCCAUUGAGUUGUCCUUGUAACCGAGCUAAAAAACCAUAAGUUCUUCACCAGUUUGCUCAGUUCAACAA